UUUCGAAGGACGGAGCUGUGCACGCACGAUUUUCAAAGAGCAACAUCCUUCUUCAAAAAUGCCAGGGGAACGAAGUCUCACCGCUGAAGAGGCAUUAGAGAUGUUCUUUAGCCUACCUGACGGUUCGGAAAGUGAUGUGUCAAGUGAUUCGGGUGACGAGUUUACCGUACCAUCAACCUCGGCUUUGGCUCCGAUAGAGUCAUCAGAAAACGACGAAAACAUCGAACCACCGCCCAAGAAAAGACCCAAGAAGGCAUACGCACGAAAAAAGAAACCUAAGAAAGCGCGCGCUAAGCCCAUUGAUCAUGACAGUGACCAUGAAGAGGAAGAAGACGAUUCCCUAUCAGCAGGAUGGAUAGCCGGGCAGCCUUGCGACAUUCCAGUGAGCAUCACAGAAAAUCCACCCACAUACUCGCAAAAACUAAAUGUAGACUGCAGCGCAUGCGACGCGUUUUCUCUGUACUUCGAUGAAGAGGUGUGGAAGAUGAUUGUUGAGGAAACAAACCUCUAUGCUCUUCAAAGAAUGAUGCCAAACUGGCGCACGCUGACAGUGAGCGAGCUCAAGGCUUACAUAGGGAUGCUCAUUCUAAUGAGCAUUCAUAACUUGCCUCAAGUGUAUCUGUAUUGGAGCUCAGACAAGUUUUUCAAUCUUCAAGAAAUAUCCAAUGUAAUGUCGUUUAGACGUUUUCAACAGAUCACUCGUUGCCUGCAUCUAAACGACAAUUCAAAGAUACCCGAUAAGACGUCACCAAAUUUUGAUAGGUGCUACAGGGUGAGGCCUCUAAUGGAAAUGCUGAACAUCAAUUUUCAAAAAGAGUACAAGCCUUCCUCCUACGUUGCUGUCGACGAGUCCAUGAUUCUGUUCAAGGGUAGAUCGGCAAUGAAGCAAUAUAUGCCGCUAAAACCAAAAAUCAAGCGCGGAUAUAAAGUGUGGAGUAUCGCUGACAGCCAGACUGGUUACCUCUGUAAAUUUGACCUCUAUCAAGGCCGCACAGAGCGUAGACCCACUGACAUGGGACUCGGAUUUGAUGUCGGGGCAGAGGCCUCGAGACGACCCGGGACCGAGGACUUUGUACGUCAUCGGGAGGCCCACACCGCACCCCAGCAGGCGCAUCAUGAGGCGGACAUGGCAUUACCUCCCCUCCCGGAUGGCGCAACAACCCUGGACCCGCCACCACCAGACGGGUAG